CAUUAUUAUAAGUAUUAUUCUUAGUGUUAGACGAUAUUAACAUAAAUCUAAACAUUUUAAAAUGUUUAAAUUUUUGAUGAUAGUAUCAACAACAGUAUUAAGCAUCGUAUUAUCCCAUCCGUUCGACGCGUGCAUCGGAAAAUGUCCACAGUCAAAAAAUCCAAUUGAAACUCCGAUUCUGCUGGCUCAUCAAGAUUGCACUAAGUAUUGUUUUUGCAAUGACGGAUGUCUUACGGUUAAAACCUGCCAGAGAAAUUUUCACUUCAGCAUGGACGAUCGCAUAUGUUUGUCAGUUGAAUUAGCCAAGUGCAAUGAUCGUAGAAACUGCUUAGGAACGUGCCCGAUUGUUUAUAACACCGUCAAUGUACUCCUUUUGCCGCAUUAUAACAGCAGUAAAUUCUGUCAUUGUCGUGAGUGGGGUGUACCGACUGUCGAAACCUGUCCAGAGUCUUUAGUAUUUAACAUUAAAUACGGUCAGUGCCAAAAACCUAUUCCAGAUUGCUCUCAUUUUGAAAUUGGAGCGUCUACAGCGUGCAGUGUAGGUGGUGGAAUACCUUCAACAAUACCUCCAAUUCCGCCGGGUGAUCUUAAUGUUCCAAUAUUGAUAUUUCCCAAAGACGUGCAGACAUCAACAUCGGCUAAUUCAGUCUCCGAAGAUGGAACCACGGUUUCUGUUAAUGAAAAUGAAGUAACUACAACUAUUUCUUCAACUGAAGCUUCUGACAGUGAUUCAACGACUCCAGUGAUAAAUAACAAAGAUGAAACUACGGGAUCUGAAGAAGAACCGACAACUGUUGCCGGAAAGGAAGCAGUCACUAAUGAACCAAAUCCUGAAGAAUUAAAAACUAUUACAUCCAAUAUUGACGAUGCAGCUACAACAGUGUCUGAAAUUGAAGUACCGGAUAGUGAAAAUUUGGUUACUGAUGCACCAAAUGAUGAAGAUUCAACGACUUUGAAAUCAAAAAUAGAUGUUAUUGUUGAUAACAACCCACCAAUAAUCACAGAGAAAGUACAUGUCGAUAAUUACUUACCAUCAAAUGUUGACGAUUGCAUCGGACAGUGUCCACUUGAAAAUGAUAUUUAUUCUACAAAACACUUACCUCAUAAAGACUGCGAGCAAUAUUGCAAAUGCGACUGGGGUAAACCGACUGUUAUGAGGUGUUCGAUCAAUCUACAUUUCAACAGAGAUCUUGAAGUUUGUGACUAUCCCAUCAACGCUAAUUGCUCUGGGAUAGGAGCAAUCACUACUCUUUAA